UGAAGUAUCAGUAACGAACAGUUAAUUAAACGCUCUGGUCCAACGUUGAUUUCUGUCUCGCGGGAAUCAUGAAGUAUCUGCUAACCGUAUUUUUCAUCUUUGAUUUGUUUGCAAACAUCGUGGCGAGGCCGAUCAGUUGUCAAACUAUUAUCAACAAGCGAGAUAAUAGAGUGUCGUUUUACUGCACGGGGCUAACGAACUUGGUGAAAUUGGAGAAAGCGUGGGCCAACAGUACGAGCAUCGAGAUUUCGGAUUCAAACAUACCUAAUAUUCCAGGACAUAGUUUUGCAAGAUUUGGAGCAACCCUCGUAACUCUGGAUCUACACGGAUCAGGUAUACAGACCAUAGAUUUUUUGGCAUUCGUAGGCCUCACGAAACUGGAGAAUUUACUACUGUGGGGUAACAAAUUGAUAUACGUGUACAAGGAUUGGUUCAUAUACAUGAGUAACUUGAAAACACUGGAUCUGUCGUUCAACUCCAUCCAAGUAAUGGACUACGCGCUAUUCGAGGUGCUCCCUAAUUUGAGAAACUUCUACUUCGAUUACAAUGAAAUAAGAUACAUCGACUUCAGUAUGUUCGCAAACCUCAGAAAUCUUAAAAAUGUGAAGUUCGAAAAGAACCCGUGGAACUGGGGAUUUCGUGCUCGUUUAACAUGGCAGUUGGAGAACCAGCACGUGAAAUAUGGCGAAGAUUGGGAAGAUUGGGCAUGGAUGAACCACGUCAUCAAAGAGUGCGUAGAAAAUGGCUAUGGCGAGAUACCGAACGAUGUUAUUCUCGAUUGCGUCGUUGAAAAAUUACUGAACUACACGUAUGAGAUAUUUACCACCGGAAUAGUAUAUGAAAACCUCGAAUGCAGCAAGAGAGCUCGCCAAUUGGUACGUUGCAUGAGACCCAAAAAUGCCACCGGUAAUACGGAUAACGAGACUGCAAGAAGAAUACUUGAAUAUUAUACAGCAGUUUUACCGACAAUGUCGAGAUCGCAUAGUCGAUUUACGAUGUCGUGGAAUGGUAGUACAUGAAUUUACAUACCAUCGCCAUUUAAUUAAAUAUCAUAGUAUACCUGUUAUUUAAAAAUGUAAACCUAAGUUGUGUUAAUCUAUUCAUCGGAAGUUAGGCACUGGUCGUGUACGAUACAUCUGAUUUCUCGUGUAUUUUAACCUGAAUAAAAUCCCAAAUUAUAAUUUAUGCAAAUUAUCAAAGAC